AUGGCGGGCGCCCGCGCGCCGCUCGCGGCGGCCGUGCUGGCGCUGUGGCUCUGGCCGUGGCUCGGCCUCAGCCGGGCCGGGCCGCCCGCCGCGCCCUCGGAGCCCGCCGCCUGCCUGGCGCGCUUCAGCCCCGGCGUGCCCGGCUUCGUGCUGGACACGGCCGCCUCGGUGCGGCGCGGCGCCACCUUCCUCGGCUCGCCCGCCGUGCGCCGCGGCCGCGACUGUCUGCGCGCCUGCUGCGCCCUGGCCGGCUGCAACCUGGCGCUCGUCGAGCUGCGGCCCGACGGCCACGGCCACGGCGGGGAGGGCCACGACCCGGACGCGGACGCCGACCCCGACGAGGACGCCGCCGCCGCCUGCUUCCUGCUCGACUGCCUGUACGAGCAGAGCUUCGUGUGCCACUUCGCGCCGCGCCGCGGCUACCGCAACUACCUCACGCGCGACCUGGCCCGCGCCUACCGCGACCUCCGCGCCCAGGGCUUCGCGGGGUCCAGAUUACCCACAUGGGCAGGGAUGGACUUGAAGGUGCAGCCCCAGGAACCCCUGGUGCUAAAGGGUGUGGAGAGCACAGAUUGGCAUCUCCUACAGGGUGACUCCGACGUCAGGAUUGAGAGGAAAGACCCAGACCAGGUGCAACUGUGGGGACUCCAGGAAGGCACCUACCUGUUCCAGCUGACGGUGCCCGACUCAGAGCAACAGGACAGCACAUCUAAUAUUACCAUCACUGUGCUAUCUCCCAAGCAGACGGAAGAAUAUUGCCUUGCGUCCAGCAAGGUUGGCCGCUGCCGAGGCUCCUUCCCCCGCUGGUACUAUGACCCCAAAGAUCAGCUCUGCAAGAGUUUCACUUACGGAGGUUGUAAGGGCAACAAAAACAACUACCUUCGGGAAGAAGAGUGCAAGCUGGCCUGUCGAAACGUGCAAGGCCCUUCCACGGAAAGGCAUCAUCCAGUAUGCUCUGCCACCUGUAAUCCCACCGAGUUCCGCUGUGGUGAUGGCUGCUGCAUCGACAGCUUCCUGGAAUGUGAUGAUACUCCCGACUGCCCAGAUUCCUCUGAUGAGACCUCCUGCGAAAAAUACGCCAGGGACUUUGAGGAGCUGCAGAACAUCCCUAUCAACAGUGAGAAGGGUCACUGCGUGGACCUGCCAGACACGGGCCUGUGCCAGGAGAGCAUCCCCCGCUGGUACUACAACCCUUUCAGUGAGAGCUGCGAGCGCUUUACCUAUGGUGGUUGCCAAGGCAACCAGAACAACUUUGAGGCGGAGCAGCAGUGCCUUGAGUCCUGUAGGGGCAUCUCAAAAAAGGAUGUAUUUGGCCUGCGCCGGGAAAACCCCAUUCCCAACUCGGGCUCUGUGGAGGUGGCCAUCGGGGUGCUCCUGGCUGCCUGUAUUGUGGUGAUGGUCACCAUCCUGGGUUACUGCUUCCUCAAGAACCAGAAAAAGGGCUUUCAUAGACACCACCAUGCCCCACCCUCCACUCCGGCCAGCUCUACCGUCUCCACGACUGAGGAGACAGAGCAUCUGGUCUAUAACCACACCACUCAGCCCCUCUGA